GCGACUUGAUUACCACUGAUCUGAAGCUAGGUUCUAGAGAGAAGUUAUGGCCAUCAGCGGGGCUAUGCCGAAAUCCGACGGCGACAAAAAUUACCCCGGAAAUAUGACGGUGUUCGUCUUCCUCGCGUGCCUCGUUGCCUCGUCCGGCGGUCUCAUCUUCGGCUACGAUAUCGGCAUUUCGGGCGGCGUGACGUCUAUGGAUCCAUUUUUGAUCCGCUUCUUCCCGUCGGUGUACGCCAAGGAGCAGGAGGUGGUGGACACGAACCAGUACUGCAAAUUCGACAGCGUGCUGCUCACCCUCUUCACCUCGUCGCUCUACCUCGCGGCCCUCGUCGCCUCCCUCUUCGCGUCCAUCGUCACCCGGAAGCUCGGCCGCAGAGCCACCAUGCUCGGCGGCGGCGUCGUCUUCCUCGUCGGCGCCGUCCUUAAUGGCUUCGCCAUGAACAUAGCCAUGCUCAUCAUCGGUCGGAUCCUCCUCGGCAUCGGCGUCGGGUUCAGCAACCAGGCUGUUCCACUAUACCUAUCUGAGAUGGCGCCGGCCAAGAUGCGGGGCAUGCUCAACAUCAGCUUCCAGCUCAUGAUCACUGUGGGGAUCCUCGCCGCCAACCUCAUCAACUACUUCACCGCCAAGAUCUCCGGCGGCUGGGGCUGGCGCAUCAGCCUGGGCCUCGCCGCCGUGCCCGCCAUCAUCAUGGCCGGCGGCUCCCUCUUCCUCCCCGACACGCCCAACUCCCUAGUCGCCCGCGGCAAGGAGGAGGAGGCGCGCGCCAUGCUCCGACGCAUCCGGGGCACCCACGACAUCGGCCUCGAGUAUGACGACCUCGUGGCCGCCAGCAAGGCUUCCAAGGCCAUCGAGAACCCGUGGAAGACGCUCCUCGAGCGCCGGUACCGGCCGCAGCUCGCCAUGGCAAUCCUCAUCCCCACGCUGCAGCAGCUCACCGGCAUCAACGUCGUCAUGUUCUAUGCCCCUGUGCUGUUCAAGACCAUCGGCUUCGGCGGCACCGCCUCGCUCAUGUCCUCCGUCAUCAGCGGUGGCGUCAACAUGCUCGCCACCUUCGUCUCCAUUGCCACAGUUGACCGCCUUGGCCGCCGCAAGCUACUCCUCGAAGGCGGCUGCCAGAUGAUCCUUGCCCAGUUUGUGCUUGGGACGCUGAUCUGGAUCAAGUUCGGCACAGACGGCGUGGCCACCAUCUCGAGGUCGUACGCCAUCGGCGUCGUGUUCUGCAUCUGCGUCUUCGUGUCGGCCUUCGCGUGGUCGUGGGGCCCGCUGGGGUGGCUGGUGCCGAGUGAGAUCUUCCCGUUGGAGAUCCGGUCGGCGGCGCAGAGCAUGGUGGUGGUCUGCAACAUGGCCUUCACCUUCAUCAUCGCGCAGAUCUUCCUCAUGAUGCUCUGCCGCCUCAAGUUCGGCCUCUUCUACUUCUUCGGCGCCUGCGAGCUCCUCAUGACCUCCUUCGUCUACUUCUUCCUCCCCGAGACCAAGGGCAUCCCCAUCGAGGAGAUGGACCGGAUCUGGGCCACACAUUGGUACUGGAAGCGCUUCGUCGAGGGCAAUGGCGGACGCCGCAAUGUCCAGUUGUCAUCAUCCAACGCCGUAUGACCAACAUCGAUCGACUAGCUUGGUCCCAUCAUAGUUUUGGUUUAUCUCCUUUAGCUAGCUAGAGCCCUCUUGGCUAGAGAGUAGAGACUGUUAUUUAUCAUAGAGUUAAUUAAUUAGUUUUGGGAAAACUCAGUUAAUUACGUGGAUUAGUGCUGAUGCGUAGCUGGAGAGAUGACUCGACAUUGUACUACUGCUGCCCUCAUUCACAUUGAGAUUGAAGAGCAUCGAUUUAGCACGUACAAAUCCAUGCAGCAAAAUUGUUCCAUCGGACGCAGGAAAUUAUAUGACCUUC